AUGAGGGAAUUGAAAAGAAUCAGAUGGGAACUGAAGAGAAUUAGUUGGGAACUGAAGAGAAUCAUGUGGGAAUUGAAAAUAAUCAGAUGGGAACUGAAGAGAAUCAGGUGGGAAUUGAAAAAGAAUCAGGUGGGAACUGAAAAGAAUCAUGUGGGAACUGAAGAGAAUCAUGUGGGAACUGAAAAGAAUCAGGUGGGAACUGAAAAGAAUCAGGUGGGAACUGAAAAGAAUCAGGUGGGAACUGAAAAGAAUCAUGUGGGAACUGAAAAGAAUCAGGUGGGAAUUGAAAAGAAUCACGUGGGAAUUGAAAAGAAUCAGGUGGGAAUUGAAAAGAAUCAGAUGGGAACUGAAAAGAAUCAGGUGGGAACUGAAAAGAAUCAGUGGGAACUGAAAAGAAUCAGGUGGGAACUGAAGAGACUCUGUUGGGAACUGAGGUGA